AUGAACAGGUUUGGUGUGGUUCUUUUGCUACUCUCUCAGAUCUUAGUACUUCAUGUCAGGGCUCAUGACUCUGAUCAAGGACCGGCACCACUCCCAGUGUUGAACCCUUUUCAGCAUAAAACUCAAACAGAUGUUCAGCUUCACGAUCAGAAGACUUAUAACAAAGUUGUUGUUUCUGGUGCCACAGAUCAUGAGCCAUCAUCAGAAGAGAAAAGUGGAGAAUCUGAACUUGCUGAGGCUCCGCAGAGUCGAAGGCUGGGAAAGCACCAUUCCUCGGACAAGUCCGUGGCAGGUGGAGGUGUCAUCAUUGGAGGCCUUGUUACUGCCAUCUUUGCUGCUGUUUUUUGCUACAUUCGGGUUACUAGGAGAAGGGACACUCGUUACUGA